AUGCCUAAUUCCUGGCUUCCUUCUUUAUUCCGUCAGUUCUUGCGUAAGGGUGUGGAUUCGGAGAGCCAGCUGCAUCUGCAUCGUGAAACGCUUCCCUGGAUUUCGAGUCCGAUCGAAAAGACUCACAACAUUCCGCAUCUCCACCGAAACUCUGACGCGACGCCGAUCGAGCUGUUUUUCGACCUCUUCUUCGUCGCGAAUCUGUCCACCUUUACCGCCACCCACGAGAUCAAUAAUGUCAAAGCUCACAUCGAUGGUCUGACAGUGAUACUAGCUCUGGGUGCCUACAUUGGCUUUCUUGGGAUCAUCUGGUUCACCUGGCUUCAAGUCACGCUGUUCGACAUCCGUUUCGCCAGAGACUCGGUCUUUGAAAGAACAUGCAAAGCCUUCCAGCUCGGUGCGAUGGUCGGCUUCGCGUCGGCAGGUUCUCGCUUCACGACUCAUGUUCAGGACGAAAACGUAUGGGCCUUCCAGUCUCUCAGCUUGAUACUCGCCGGUAGUCGAUCACUCCUUGCCAUUCAAUAUACCGUCAACGUCUACUUCAUUCGCAAAUCCAUGAGACCCACUGCAAGAGGGCUGCUAUACACCGCUGCCGCAUUCUGGACAACAACUCUAUUCUACAUAGGGAUGUAUUUUGCCUUCAGUCGAGCCUAUGAGAUUCGCGCUCGAAUAUGGACUGUUUGGUUCGUUCUGUUUGGAGUUGAGACGUGGACGGUAAUGGGAAUAUCCUUUGGAUUCGCUGGCAUUGGAUUCCAGGAAACCCACCUGAACGUCCGGAUGGGACUUUUAACCCUGAUCAUUAUUGGAGAAGGUGUCAUUGCGAUCACUCGGAUUGUUAACAAGACGGUGCGGCCCGGAGGAUGGACCAAGUGGUCGUUUGUGCACAUCUUGGGCGUCACUACCAAUGUGUAUUUACUCUGGCAAGUCUACUUCGACGUGUCACCGCGUCGCCACCUUGGCAAGGUAUCGCAGCAGCUCUGGUGUCAGCUUCAUUUCCCAUUCCACGUGGCCCUCAUCCUUCUCCUCGAGGGCUCACAAAUUCUUGCCUUGACGCUAGACGUGACCUUGAAGCUGCGAUAUUUGGCAGAGACGUUUUCAUUUGUAUGCGAAGAGCCGCGCCCCAGUGCCGAGCGGGCCGUUGGGCUUAUCCGAAGCACGAUUGCAGAUAUGGAGAUCCCGUUUAGUCGGGGCGCUACACAAGAAUGGACGGCCAUUUCGAGCCUCCUGGAAAAUCUGGCGGAGCAGCCUCUGUGUCUCGAGUCUAGCCCCGACAUCGGCACUCUCGAUUUAAAAUACACGGAAGAUCUGUUCAACGAUCUCAUGGGCAACGUGACGGCUGCGUUAUUUUCCAGUAUGGAUAUCACCCUAUCAAACAAGGUGGACAUCAACCUGCUCGACAAUCAGCAAUUGUUCCAUAUGUACAUGAAAGUUCUCGCCUUCGUCUACAUAUACUUUUUUGUCGUGGCCAGCCUGCUUAUGGGGCUCUUCACGGCAUUUCUUGUGCUCUCUCGGCGCCACGAACUUUGGUUGCACCAGGGUCUGUCAAUGGCUGUGCGCAUCUCCCUCGCCAUCUUCUUGGCUAGCCUGGUCUCGUUCGCAAGCCAUUUCCCACUGGCAUUUGCCUUUAUGAAAUCACCGAUCAUACUGUAUGCGUUCACCUUGACUCUAUUGACCGGUUUGUACCUCCCCUCCGUCCCUCUGACUUCGAUUCUGAUUGGCCGCAGUGCUCCUUGUUGA